CCACACAACCCAGCAUAGCACAGCACACUUAGCUUAGCUUAAGUUUAGUGUGCAAAUUAAAAUAAAAUAAAAUCUUGAAGAUUAGAUAGAAAAAUGGGUGAAGUUGAUGCAGCUUUCCCCGGGAAUGGGAAUGGGAAUGGUGUAGUGGGAGGGCAAAGAAAGAGCUGUUGGUAUGAAGAGGAGAUUGAUACCGACUUGAGAUGGUGCUUUGCUCUUAACAGCAUACUGCACACAGGAGCUAGUCAGUAUCAGGACAUUCAGCUUCUGGACACAAAGCCCUUUGGAAAGGCGCUGGUGAUUGAUGGAAAGCUGCAGAGUGCUGAAAUUGAUGAAUUUAUCUACCAUGAGUGCCUUGUUCAUCCACCAUUGCUUCAUCAUCCAAAUCCCAAAAGUGUGUUCAUCAUGGGAGGUGGUGAAGGUUCUACUGCCAGAGAGUUACUGAGGCACAACACAAUUAAUAAGGUUGUCAUGUGUGACAUUGAUCAGGAGGUUGUGGACUUCUGCAAGUCUUAUUUGGUGGUUAACAGGGAAGCUUUUUCUGAUCCAAGACUUCAUCUUGUCAUUAAUGAUGCCAGGGCUGAGCUUGAAAGCAGAGAAGAGGGUUAUGAUGUGAUCAUAGGAGACUUAGCAGACCCCAUUGAAGGAGGGCCUUGCUACCAGCUUUACACCCAAUCCUUUUAUCAAACCACUGUCAGACCAAAGCUCAAUCAGGGUGGCAUCUUUGUCACUCAGGCCGGACCAGCUGGGAUCUUUAGCCACACUGAGGUUUUCUCUUGCAUCUACAACACUCUCAAACAAGUUUUCAAAUAUGUUGUGCCUUAUUCUGCUCACAUACCUUCCUAUGCUGACACAUGGGGAUGGGUCAUGGCCUCAGACACUCCAUUUGAAGUGAGUGUGGAUGAGUUAGACCAGAGAAUGAAGCAGAGAGUGAAAGGGGAGAACAGAUAUCUUGAUGGCAACACUUUCUCAUCUGCUUCAACCUUAAGCAAAGCAGUCCGGAUCUCAUUGGAGAAUGAGACUCAUGUUUAUACAGAAGGGAGUGCAAGGUUCAUUUAUGGACAUGGUACUGCCUGCACACACAACCAAGCUUGAGAACAGAAUUAAGUUGCACUAUUGUCUUAAUUAUUAUUAUUAUUAUUAUAGCAGAUCGAGUUGCAGAGUGACAGAAGAGUGGCAACUUUAAAAUAUUAUUAUGUUUUGUUUCUCUAUGCUUUUUCUCUAUGUAUUCUGUUCAUCCAUCUCUACCUUAGCUUGCUGAAACAAUAUAAUGUAGGAACUAACUUUAAUUUCAAAAGAAAGAAUAUGAAGCCCAACCAGGCUAUGAAUUUGUACUGUUUUCUUGCUUGAUCAAGAGUUCAAGACUGUUGGAAAAAAAUAGUCGGCUA